ACGUUUAUCUCAUCGGAAAAUUCGCUGGGAUCUUACGGUACCCUGUGUAAUCGUAUCUUCGGAUUAUACCCUUUAUUUUUCAGGAACAUUUGUACUCUCUGUGUGAUUUUGAGUAGAUUCGGCUCCAUACUGUUAGGGUUUGAAGGAGGUGAUUGUGAGGCCUCUUUUCGCUCUCGGGUUAUAUCUCCCUUUAAGCUAGAAUUGGUUCUCUUAGGGCUUCCUCCUUGAGUUCCUCAAAUGUCAGAAGCUUCUCGGCGGAGUAGGGUCACUAUUACUCUAGGGCGUAGCGGCCAGGUGGUAAGUCGAGAUGGAAGUGAUUUAGAUGCCGGAUAUGAGUUGCCCAGAGUUGGGACCAAGCGGUCUGUCAAAGAAAGAUUAGGGAAUCAGUUAGAUAGUUCUGUUUACGGAAGUGAUGCGGUCAGUAAAAGGCAAAGAGGGGAAGGAAGUUUCAGUGGAAAUGAUUUGCAGAUCAGUCAAAAUGAUCUCCGGUUCAAACUGAUGCAAAAAAAUGUCCAGAGACGAGCUCAGAGCGAUGGAGGCAGCACUUUUGAUCUUCGUGAGAAGCUCUCUAGGAGUGAGCAGCCUCCUCGUAGCCUUGAUAUUCGACCUCGUAUGGCUGAGCCAAGAGAUGACCCGUUACCUCCAUCGAGAACUGCUCGUGAUUCUUCUCAGAUGCUAUCAUCAAGCAGUUCCUCUUUUCCAUGGACUCUGGAUGAUAUACGACGAAGAUCUCCAGAGAGGUAUGUGGAUACUUCCAGGGGUCGGUCGCCGCCAAGAAAUGCUGAAAGUAUCAGUGGCACUCCAAGGGCUCUAUCAAGGGCUCUAUCACCGCCAAGAAAUGCGGGAAGGAUGCUUGGCCCUCCAAGGGAUCUAUCACCGCUAAGAAAUGCGGGAAGGAUGAUUAGCGCUCCAAGGGAUCUGUCACCGCCAAGAAUUUCUGGAAGGAUGAUUAGCGCUCCAAGGGAUCUAUCACCGCAAAGAAGUUCUGGAAGGAUAAUUGGCAAUCAAAGGGAUCUAUCACCGCCAAGAAAUUCUGGAAGGAUGCUUAGCGCUCCAAGGGAUCUAUCACCGCAAAGAAAUGGUGGAAGGAUGAUUGGAAAUCCAAGGGAUCUAUCACCGCCAAGAACUGCUGGAAGGAUAAGGGAUCUAUCACCGCCAAGGAAUACCAGAAGCUUCAGUGGUUCUAGGACUCUGUCCCCAAGUAGAAAUGUGGGAAGCUACAUGGGUUCUUCUCGGGGGUUUUCUCCUCCUAGGAAUUCUGGAAGCUACAUAGGUUCUUCCAGGGGUUUUUCCCCUCCUAGGAAUCCUGGAAGCUACAUGGGUUCUUCCAGGGGUUCUCCUCCAUCUAGGAACAUCGAUGAUUUUCGUGGACAAAGCAGGAUGCUUGAUGAUGUGAGAGCGUCACCAUAUGCAGUUAGAGGUGUACUACAAAGUCAAGCACCAGCAAGUGGUACUACUUUCUCCAGGCCAAUGUUACCUCCUCCCGUCCCAAACCCUCAUCCGUUGCCUCCUUUGAGUCAGCUUCCUCCCCUUGGAAGUAUUAUGCAGAACAGUCCCUUCCCUCAGGUGGAAGAGCCUCUAACAGUUGAUGGCUUUCUAAAUUCAAUUGGACUGGGAAAAUACUCCCUUGCCUUUAAGAGAGAGGAAGUGGAUAUGACCACGAUAAAGCAAAUGAAAGAAAGUGAUCUUAAAGAUCUCAUCAUACCAAUGGGUCCAAGGAAGAAGAUUCUUCAGGCUAUAGCCUGCCUUCCAAACCGGUAGCAAUGACAGACAGGCGGGUUUGGUCUCUCGCUGGAUUCUUACUCUUUUAGUUUUGUUGGCAUCUAUGCGGUAGGAACUAAGGAAAUGUUUUGAGAGUCAAAACCGCAACUCUUAACCGAAACUCCUCCUUUUUGGGUAAUUUGUAGGCAGAACUUCUUUUUGUAAUUCUUCUGUCAUGGAAUUUCCGUUUUUCUGCUAUACAAGUUGGUGAUGGGAGCAGCUUGUUAUGGAAUUUCCUUUUUUAGAAUGAAAACUGUUAUUAAUCUCAGACUUGUUGAUGCCACUUUUUUUUACUGCUAUG